CAAACCUGGAAGUGAGCUGACGUCACGUCCGGCGGUUCCCCGUCACGUGACUGCCUUAGAAACUGUGGAACAUGGCGGCGCCCGUGUCUCCGCCGUUGGUGGCGGAAGAAGGGCCGGCGAAAGUGAGGUAAGGAGGGCUCUGCGGAAGGGUCUGCUCCCCCUUAUGGGGAGCUUCCCGCACGGAGGGGAACCGGAGGGGGCGCGCGCUCGCUCGCUCAUCCGCUCGCCUCAGCUCCCGGUCCCCACACGUGGCGCUUUCGGUGAUGAGGCAGCUUGCCACCCCACCCCCCGACCCAAGCAUAAGCUGGGCUGCUCCUGCCUCUGGUAGCGGAAGGUUGAGCUGGGCUUCAUAAGGGCGGGAAGGUUUCUGCAGGAGCCGCUGGGAAGCCUGACAUGCUGCGCGUGCCUCAGGUGCUGCUUAGCUCCGAAUGGGUGGGAUUAAAGUGUACCUGGGGGAAAGCCAUGAGGCAGGCAGAUGUCAUUUGUUGUGAUGCGAAGGAAGGGGGGGGCGCGCCGCGGGGAACGUAUAGGUAAGUGGUGAGCUUUGAAGCAUCGCUGGGGCUUGAAGCGAACGCAAAACCCUUAAUGCUUAGUGAAAUUGCGAAAUCGUUAUGCCUAUAUAGAGAAAGGGUCACCGAUCCGAUACAAGAAAGUGAGAAAAAUAAUUGCCCCUUUUAUGUGGAUGUCUUUAGGCCUUUGGUAUGCAGUUAAAAAGACACCUGAGGCUAUGCCAACUGUUGCAAACUCAACAGUAAAGAAGUGUUAAAGGAGUACAGUACAGUAAUGUCUUCUUAAGGAUUGGCACUGGGAAGUUUGGUACAUUUUAAAACAAAGACAUUGUACUUAUAUAGUUGGUUGGGGAACUGCUGUUGAAACAUUUCUUAGACUGGAUAAUUUGUAUACAUUUUGAACUAGAAAUUGUAUAGAACUGACAAUCUGUGCCCAGUUUUUCUAUCUUUUGCUUAUUAUUUGUUUUGUAUUUUCCUCUAUUUCUUGGUUGGAAUAAUAAGCUUGCAUUCUUUCUUUCUUUUUUCCAAAAAAUGUUUUGUAGCAAAAUAUUAAAACAAGUAAAUUUAAGUGUUUACAAUUCAACUUUAACAUUAAUGGCUGCAAUCCCAGCAGCCUUUGAACUUUGAAUAAAUAUGCGUAGGAUUUUGCCACAAAAGAACCAGUUUACAGGGCAAUCUUACACAUGUCUUCACCAAAGUCCCACUGGGUUUGUUGUGAUAUACUUUUCAGUUUGCAUUUCUUAGUGCGGAAAGUAUUGAUCUGAUGUGUAGAGAUCUUUCCUAUUCUAAUUAAUUCAAGAGGGUUUUGGGGGCUUCUCUGUGUGAAAGAAAAAAGCAGGUGGUUUGUGAUUAUUCCUUCAGAAAAGCUGAGUACAGCUGGCUUAAAUUCUUAUCUCUUCUGUCAAGAUUAUGAUGACUACAUAAAUAGGACAGAAGGAGCCUAGGUUUCACUUUCUCUAUCUCUUUUCCUUCUGGUGUGGUGUUCUGUACAUAGUAUGCUUGGUGUUAAGGUUUAGACUUAUAAGUUAUUCUGAGUUUAAGUUAAGUCUGCUGCAACUGGAUUUCUUAUGGACUACGUUCAAUCCUGAAUGUAUUGGAUUUGUGACCAUUAUGCUCAUUUGCCUUCAGUAGCAGUAAAGCUUUGCUAGAUGAAAUAAUUGUCUCUGGUCUAUUUUUGGGGAAUCCUGCAACGUGUUUUAAGUUUUUACUUGGCUAACUAUACAUCGGAGUUCUGCUCUGGAUCAUAUUGAGUAGAAUUCCAUGGCAAUACUAUCGGAAAAAAUAACAUUUGUUUGUUGUUUUAAUCCAAUAAGAAAACAUUGUUAUAAAUGUUUGUAUGCUCAACACUUGAGAAAUCCUAGUUGACUGUUAGCUGGCCAAUUACUACAAAAACAAAGAAGAAUCUUUUUUCCAUUUUCAGCCACAAAAAGUACAGAGCCCUUUUGAAGAAAGAGAAACGGAAGAAAAAGAGACAAGCACUAGCAAGACUGAGAGAUUCAGGUAAAAGCUAAGUUGAUGAACGGCACAGAUUACUUGUGAAAUAUAAGCUAAAUUUCAGCUCUCAGAAGAUGGUUGUCAUUGGUAUUCAAAAGUGUUUAAAAUGUUGUUUUAGAUUGAAAAUAAUAGGUAAUUGUAUUUCAUUACUUGUCAACAAGGUUGCAGCCUCUUCAUCUGAUCAUAGGUUGGGAACUGCAAUUCAUGACUGUGGCAAUCUUGAGAACAUAGGCUCUAUGCAUGCACUGGUGACUGUCUUGGACCUUAGAUUGUGUAGAAUGCAGUGGUUUGCCUCAUGGCAAGGCUAAGCUAUCUAUAUUAUAUAUUUUUAAAGAGGUAUACUUUUUUCUCUUCAGAAAAAGGAGAGAAAGAUGAACAGGUUUCUGAAAAGCUAGAAGAUGACGACCUAGAUGAUGAAGAAAAACAACUCGAAGAUGAAAGGUAAAUUAAAAUUACCGUAUUUUUCGUUCUAUAACACGCACCCAACCAUAACACGCACGUAGUUUUUAGAGGAGGAAAAUCCGUAGGCAUGCCACCCGUAGGCAUUCCCUCCAUAACACGCACAGACAUUUCCCCUUACUUUCUAGGAGGAAAAAAGUGAGUGUUAUGGUGCAAAAAAUAUGGUAUAUAUAAUUGGCAGCUGUACUCUAUGCAUAUUUACUUAGAAUAAAGUUCCAGUGGCUGAUAUGCAAUGAAAUGUGAUGGAACAAGAGGAUGCCCCUAUGCUAUGUUAACAUUGCUUAGCUAGCUCAACAGACCAAAUGCAAAGGUGGUGGGUUGGAUCCAGACUUCACUUCCACCUUCUUGUUGGCAGAGGUGGGGUGACUUUUGCCAAUUCCGCCCUCCCCUUCCAGCCCACUGCUGUUGUGCAAGUGAAGUGUAAAGUUGCAGUGUUUAAUUGCCUGUUUUAGGCCAUGGUCCCAAAGUUUGAGGAAUUACUCUGCUAAAUAGUCUUGAGGCUGCAACCCUAUGCAUAGCUAUCCAGGGGUAAUCUCCAUUUAACAUAGUGCUUUAAAUGCCAAGUAAACAUGUAUAAGUUAGCACUGUAUGAAUUGGAGCCUGUGCCCCCUAGCUCUUCUGAGGCCUUUCUUUAGAUGUCCGUCUUUGAAGAUUAGCUGAGCAACUACACAAGAGAGAUCCCUGGAAUUCUAUUCCCAGGUUGCUUAGUCUGACAUCAUCAUUAUUACCUUUUAGACAGACACCAGGCUAUGUUUCCCCCUGGGUGCCCACACUCUUAUUAGUAAUUAGCUUAUAUGGCUUAGUCAUGCUGCUGUUACUUUACUGCUGUGCUUUUGCUAUUUUAACAGUACUUAAUUUGAAUAUUACUAUUUUAAAUAGAAAGGCAGAAUUAUUAUUUUUUUAAGAAAUAAAAACAUAGUAAGUUUGAUGAUAUUCAAUGAUAACCCAGCAUUCAUCGGAUUCUAUUUGCAGGCAGAGGCUUCAUGAGGAGUGGUUGCUGCGAGAAGAAAGGGCACAAGAAGCUUUUAAGAUCAGGAAAGCAAAAGAAGAGGCAGCAAGAAAACGUCAAGAAGAGGAAGAGGUGCAGUAUAUGUUUUGACUACCCUUUUGGAGCAGACAUUCUAAACAUAAAAAUAGUUACUGAGGUCUUUAUUAAAAAAACAACAACACCAAAAAGCAAUGGUUGUGUGAGAGGACUUCUCUCUCCAGCCACCCACCACCUCCAUCUGUCUCUGCUCUGGAAAACCCUGCAACCUGCUGGAGCAGGGUUGCUGGAGGAACUGCAGGGGGGGAAUGAGAACCAAUUCUGUCAGAGGUGACUUUUCCACUGGCAGAUGGACAGUGUUAGAUUUCAAACCUUCGUUUUACCUUGGACUAAUUUAGGAAAACACAGCACUAAAGUAUAGUGGUUAAGGUUGGCUUAUUUCUGGGAAAGUUUUCAUCGAUGGUUGGGAGGCUGAUUUUAAAUGCUGAGGGCAAAGUUGGACUUUUAAGGCUCGUUCAGUUCUGUGUUAACUGUAAUCUGCAAUGAAGGGGGGCGGGAAGAAGUUUACACACACCUAAUGACCUAUGUUGCUUUUUUCAGUAUCUCAAAAAAAGUAAGUGGCAAAUUAGUUUACAUUUAUCACUUAAUGGUUAAAGCAAAUAGCAACUAAAAUUAUUUUAUUUGUUCAGCCUUCAUGGAGAUAUUUAGCAUAAUGCCAGUCUCUGUUUGUUUUUUAAAGCAAAGAAUAAAAGAAGAAUGGGAGGAACAGCAAAGGAAAGAACAAGAGGAGGAGGACCGGAAAAAACAAGUGAAGAGAGAGAGAGAGGUGAUUCCUGCUCUAGGAGGAUAAAACACAGUGCAUAUCCUCUUACAGUAAUAAUAGGACUAAAAAAAAAGUACAAAAUGACAUAGUGUUGGGACACGAGGGUUGAAAAGUUUUUCUUUCUGUGCUUCUGCAUAACGUUGUAAAUGGAACAUGCUAUGAAUAAGUGAGGCUGCAAUGCUAUACCUGCUUACUGGGAGUAAACCCCAUUGAAUUCAAAAAGAUUUACUUCCGAGUAGACAUGUAUAAGAAAGCACUAUAAAUGUAGAUGCACCUUUUGUUAUUCAGGGCAGCAUAUAAGUUGCUAAUAUUAUCGCUGCAGUAUCUUGCCUUAUUCCUAAGGCUCCGGGCAAAUGCUUGUUAUUUUUCAUUGUUUUUAAAAGGCACAGGAAACAGAAUGACAAAAUAGAAUCUCCCCUGAAAUGUUCCAUGAAUGCUCCCAAAUAUUUUGUGCCCUUUGGCAGCCUGCUUCACUGCCGCUGGCAAUUGUGAUUACACUUCAUGAGGGAGAAGGGACACAAAACUCUCAGCAGCUAUUCAUACAUUCGUUGGUAGCUGCCGCCAGGCUAUCCUUCCCUGCAGUUCUGCAACUGGCAGAGGGAAGGGUUUCUUGUGACUAUUGGGCCAGUCCUCACACAGAAUUAUUGUUGGGAGGUUCUGGGCACAAGCUAUGAAUUCUUAUGUUUAACUGUAGUGUAAUCUCUCUAAGAAACUGUAGCAAGUAUACGUACACUAACUUCUUUUUACAACUUACGUAACUUCACAAGUAAUUUUACUGCUGCGAUUCCUUAACCAUUUUUUCCACUCAAAGAUGUUACAGCUCAUCUUUACCUGACUCAUUCAUCAAGAUGUAUCUUUUUCUAUAGCUUGCUGGGUGUGGGAAGGAACAUAAUAUAAUGCUUUCGGCUUCUUGUAGGUUAAUUUGUUGAAUGCCUUGCUCAGCAUAUAGAGAGCAAAUGGUGAUCUUAAUCAUGGAAUUGUAGAGUUUGAAGGCACCCUGAGGAUCAUCUAGUCCAACCCUCUGCAAUGCAAGAAUAUUCAGCUGCCCCACAUAGGGAUCAAACCUGCAACCUUGGCAUUAUCAGCACCUUGCUCUAACCAACGGAGCUAUUCAGGCCCAUGAUUUGCCUCUUAUUAUGUUAGGAUUUAACUGGUCCAGAACAAGAUCAAAUGAGAUUAUGAGACGGUUUUAGUUGACCAGCAGUUUGUGUAAUGUAUAGAUAGCAACCUUGACUGAGUACUCCUCCUAGUAUCUUUUGAAAGGAGAUGAAAUUGUGGGAAACUGUCCAUUCCUUACUACUUCAGCUAAAGUAUGAUGUUGAGGGAAAUUGCCACUUUUAGCUUUGAUGGAAGUAAUAAUUUUAUUUGAUUUUCAAAACUUAUGUAUCCCACUCUUCAUCCUAAGACCCCUGUCAUUUUAUGUCACUACGUAAAUGACAAAUUUACCAUGAACUAGAAACCAUCUAUCAGUUUCUUUAAAAUCUAGGUGUUCCUCUACAUUGAAAAACCUGACAAAAAGGACAUGUCUUCAGCUGGUGCCUGUAGCUAAACAAUGUUGCCACCAGCCAAAUUUCUAGAAGCAUGUUCUGUAGCUGGGAUGCUAUUUCUAAAGAUGUUCAUUUACUGAUUCAUCAGCCUCCAAACUUUCUUUGAUAUGGGGAAAAGUGCUGCCUUAGAUAACCGGGUCCCAAGCUGUUUAGGGCUUUCUGCAGCAAGACUGGAACCUUGAAUUGGGUUUGGCAGUUAAUUGGCAGGCAAUGCAGAUCUUCAAUUGAUAUUAUAUGGUCCCUAGGCAGCAUACCCAACAAGUCUCUGGUGGCUGCAUUUUGCACUAGCUAUAUCUUCUGAACCACCUUUCAGGGCUGCACCAAGUUGAAUGUGUUUCAGUAGUUUAAAUGGGACAGGGUGUACUCCUGGAUUCUACCUUGUCUACCUUCCAGACAAGGUAGAAUCCAGGAGUACACCCUGUCAGUGGUCCUGAUCUUUCAGAGGGAAUGCAACUCCAUCCAGAACAGGCCACCUACCAAAUUUGUGAACUCAAACAGUGGUGGAGCUUCAUGCUCCGGCACCGGGGGGAGGGGGCAAAGAGCAGGCGGGGGCGGGGCAGGCGUGUGUCCUGGGGUGGGGCACGCCGCCUGCGGGGGGCGCCCAGCGCGUGGGGGGACGACCGUGAUGGCACCCUGCCAGGAUCGCGCUGCCGGGGGCGGGGCGCUCCCCCUGCACUCCUCUUCCUUUGCCAGUGUUCAGAAACCAUUGUGCCUCCUGCUUGUGAGAAUUCAGCUUCAGUUCAUUGGCCCUUAUCCAGCCCAUUACAGCAUCUAGACAUUGAGAAACCAAGGGGGAAGAUGUACACUGGAAAUCAGUGCAAGUUGACAAGCCAAAACAAGUGUGUGUAUGUCAGGGGAAAGAUAUUAUUGCUAAACUUAGGUGACUGGGUUCCUAAGGCACUCCUUUCUGGUAGUCCAAUAGAAAACCCAAAGCUGUUUAAUAAUUCUCCUUACUCUAUUGGAAGCUUCCUUUUUGCAGGCUGAACUUUCAGUACGCUGGUACCCAGUUUCAGUAUGCUGGUACCCAGCUUGAAUACAUACUGGGGCACUGAACUCUGGUUACACAGAUAUGAUAGGGACUCUGUCCCUCUCAAAGACACCACUGCAUUGGUGGCAGCAGGUGGACCUGGGUGUGUUUGACCUUCUGGACAUCACUGAGUAAACUGUUUUAAAACCAGGUUCUAGGCACAAUCUUCACAGCAGAGUCUUUGGCAUCAAAUCCUUCAGGAGAAAAUUCCAUGCGAUAAGAAUUGGAUGGUGAAUCUGGGCCACUUAACUCAAAUAGAAGUUGAGAAAAGUCUUCAAAAGAUGUAUGCCUAUGCUAAAUCACUUGCAGGACUGGGCUGCUGUCUUUAUUUGACUUGCAGAUACUUGAAAAUUGUAACAAUAUGGUAAUAUAUUUUAACCUUCAGUUCUGUUUGCUCUUUAAGCUCUUUGUGUCAAAAUUUUGGAAUUGUGUCAAAUAAUGGGGGGAAUUAUUUAAAUGUAACUAGAAUGUUUUCUACAUUUUUCUUUGGGCAUUCUUAGUAACAUGGAAGCUUUUUCCAGUUUUAUUUGACAAAACUAACAGAACAUAAUAUAAAACCUGAAUAUUAUGGUCUUGACUGAAGAAACCAGAUGAUGUCUCCAUUCAGGGUUUUCACUAGUCCUAUGUUUGCACCAUUUAUAGGAAGCUGUGCAGAAGAUGUUGGACCAGGCUGAAAGUCAGGUAUGUUUAGAGCUUUUGAAAAUGGAUCACUGAGCUGCUCUUCUUUCUGGAGAACAAUGGCAGCUUGUUCUUUCAUAUGGGUUAUGUAAUUAGCUUGGAUCGUGCCAUACGUCUCUCUUUAACAGAUUAUGCCAUUCCUGACUCAGGCUUGCCCUGCAGCUUGCUAUGAAUUUUGCCAAGAAGAACUAGACUGUGUGGACCUCAUCCUGGUCCAAAAAGAUGCUUUCUAUUUUCUUAAGAAUAUGUGCUGAAAAUCAACAUGGAGCUGUUCGGUAUCAGUCAUUCAGAGAUUUAAUGCGCUCCUGAUAUAUAAUUUUUUAGAGCUGAUGGACCAUGAAGAUGCUCAUAAAUUUGCUGGUGUGACUGAAUUAGAUUCCUGUGCUUUAAAGUCUCUCUGAAGGUCAGAGGAGAGGGAUUGUACAGGUUCUAAUGGUACAGAAAAGGUGUUAUUCUCUUUGGAAAGAGAGUUGCCUUCUGCAGUGCAUAAAUGCAGUGCCCAGAAGUAUUUUAGCACUCUGCAUACUCUCAACAGCACUUGCAGUUGGGCUACAAUUCUAUGCUCAUUUUCCUGGGAGCAAGUCUUGUUGAAUUUAGUGGGAUGUACAAGGCCUGUUGAAGCUUACUGGGAUGCCUAACAAAAAUUGUUCAGUAUAUUCAGUGUACAAGUAUGCAAAGUUUCACACUUGUAAGUCAAAGUGGGUUAAACCUCUCCAGUCUUUUCUUUGGUCUAGAUUUCAAUAUUUAAAGCAGACUUUAGUAUUUCCCUAAACCGUACAGUGACGUUCUAUUUCAGUGCUAAGAUUGUUUCUUCCCACAAUCUUGCAAUUAUAAUCACUCCUAUUUUCAUAGAUAAAUUGAAUUUAUUCAUGACCAGUAUUCAGUUUGUUAACAUAUAGAAUGUUCUUCUUUUCUAUAAAAAAAAUCCAGGUAGAAAAUGGAACCACCUGGCAUAAUCCAGAGCCCCCAGAGAAUAUGGGACGUGAGAAAGAUUGUGCCAAUUGCCCGUUCUAUAUUAAAACUGGAGCUUGCAAAUUUGGAGACAGGUAAUUCAGUUCUAUAUGGGCCUUUUAAAAAUAUGACUUGCAUUUUAUUUUGCUGGGAAUCUACAGGUGCAUUACUGUUUCAAUACUUCAGUUUAGCUCUCAUUUUCACACAGUGAUAGGAAAGAGAUUUCUGCUGUUUCUUGUUCAAAAGCCUGUGAAUGGAAACACCUUCCAUUCAUGGACGGGAAAAUAUAGGAUCUAAGUCGCCGUUUCUUGAACUGUUCCAUUUUAAAUGAAAGAUCUAAAUAACUGCUACUGCUGCUUGUAUUAAAGCUCUAGUUUUUAAUUUCCCUCACUGCAUAUUAAGCCCAUAAAAAUUAGGAAAGAAGGACCGGCAUAGCUAAAGGAAUAAAUGAUGGAUGAGACAGAAUUGAGCCUCUUCAAAGUCUGAAGUUAAUUAUAGCUGUUGGAGAACUAAAAUCUAUGUUGGUGCUUGUGUUUUUAGCUUCAUUGCAAAUGCAACCUAGAUUCUGAAAUUGAGAAUCUGCGUUCAGGGCCAGAUUAAUAGAGUUUUUGGCAAAAGAGAGAUCUAUCCACCUAGGUAAUUCACACCAAAGUACGCCUCCGGCAGAAAUGGUGACUCCAGAAAGCCCAAAUGCUUGUCCCCAUGCUAGCUAACUAGACCUGGGGGGAAUGUUACUUUCACAAGUCACAACUGAGACAUCAGACAAAACUGCAAGCUAGUUUUGGUGAAUUUGUCUACAAUGCAUCCAGCUUUGUACUGAAUUCUUUGCUUCCCCAACUUUUUCAGACAGAUUGCUUGGGUCAAGAGUCUACAAGUUGCACGUUAUGAAAUAGAAUUGGGCAAGAAUACAAUGCAUUAUUUCAAUUUUUAUGCACUUCUUUUAUAGAACUGUUUGUAUGGUACAUAACGGAUCGUAAUUUGGCCAUGGGCUGAAUGCUCCCCAUGCUCAGUCUAUACUAACCUAAGUUUAUGAAUUCAAACCUUAUAAGGUGCCUUGAGAACUUUUUAUCGGAUUGCCUAUGCAUAUGAGGGACUAAGUAUUUAUGCUAAAGUGCAUAAUAUAUGGUUGCAUCUUAAGCAGCUGGAAUAAGUUCUUUCUUUCUUUCUUUCUUUCUUUCUUUCUUUCUUUCUAAGAUGUUCACGGAGACAUAACCAUCCAACCUCUAGUCAGACACUCCUUAUUAGGGGUAUGUUUUUCACUUUUGGGAUGGAGCAGUGUAAAAGAGAUGACUAUGACACAGAUGCAAGCCUGGAGUACAGUGAGGAAGAAAUGCACCAACAGUUCCUAGAUUUCUAUGAAGAUGUACUUCCUGAAUUCAGGAAUGUGGGAAAGGUUAUUCAGUUCAAGGUAAAACGCAGAAUACUGUUUUGCUAUUCCCUUAGGUAAUUGCGGGCUGAGAUCCAGUGUAAUGUUAGUGCAAGAAAUUUGAGAGCUGAUGUUGGGCAAGUGGUAGCCCACAAGCUUGAGGUAUCACCAAGUAUCAUAGUGGUUGUGCUUGGGGUCUCACAACAGCUUUUGCAAACACAAGACACUCACUGUAACUCUUGUGCUACUCCAGAACAAGGCUUAUGCUAGUGGAAUGACUGUUGUGUGAAUGGACUGUCACAUUUGGAUAUCAUCCUAGGCAUUCCUAAUGUCCCUUCGUAUGCAGAUGUGGAGAGUAAAAAAUUGGGGAGGAAGCAGUUAGACCAGGAUCUCUACCAUGAAACACACUGUGUGUUUGUGUAUUCAGUGGGGGUGGAGUCAGAACAAGUCCCUCUUAAUUCCUUAGUUUUUCACACAUUGCGUUUCCAUUUUGGCUUCAUUGUUGUUAAAUAAAUCAUGACAUGGUGUAAUAUGUCAUGUGUUGUUAUUCAUCUGAGGUUGCAUUUUUCAAAUCUUAAGACCUGCUAAGGAACAGAUGGUUGUUAUUAUAUCCCUAUAUGUAAAACCACAGAAUUCAAAGAGGGUGUUCUUUUCUUUUUCCCAUGACUGUAUAACCCAUUAAAUCAAGGAAAAAGUAACACUUCUUACUUGGCGUUAUGUGAGAGCUGUUUUGGAAUGUGCAGUUGACGAAUCACAGACAAUGUUAAAUAUUUAUAGCAAUCGUAGUUCAUGGAUUUCACUUACACAGCACAUUGUUCUUCAGGAAGAUGGGCCUAAUGCAGUGUGGGUUAGCCACACUGUGUGCCAGUUAUUUAUGUCAAAAAUCUAGCUGAAUCCUGAAGUGUGUGUUGGUUAGACAGAAGGGCUAGGUAUCAGUUCUUGAUGGUGACAAGACAAGCAUUUGAAUUUGACAUACCUAGAACUUGAAAAUAUUACCUACAUUCCAAAUUGAAUAUAGCCCCCCCUCCCAUGCAUUUGUUACCCAGUCAGCUUGCUCAGCUUGGGGUACAAUAAUAGGGAUUCCACUUGUGUGCGGUUUUUAACAUGAAACUAAAACAAGUAAGACAUAACAACAACAAAACAACAUGCCAUAUUCUCUGCUCCCCCACCUCCCUAGCCCUCAGUGGUACAGUUAGAUUACAAAUCCAUUAAGAAUUAUUAUGCUUAUCAGUUUUGUUUCAUUGUGCAACUUGGAAUAAUUGGAAGUUCGGGUGUUUUGUUUACCCACUCCACUGGAGAUAAAGAUCAUCAGCUUGUUGCCAUGUGAUUUGAUGUUCAUAUAUCAAUGUUAUGAUAGCCAUAUCUGUCAUGGGAUGGGUGAUAAUCUGUCUGUCCUGUGAUUGUUAUUAAUACAUGAAAAAAGGCCACUAAACCAUGAAAGAAAGUGCAUUUUGUGUGCUAUAAUUAAAUAAGGUAUCUUGUAAACCACUCAACUAAAGCAGCUGUGUAAGGAUACAAAGAAACUUCACUUCCUUAAGUUUUUACCUGCUUUUGAUAUAGGUGAGCUGCAACUUUGAACCUCAUCUUCGAGGAAAUGUUUACGUUCAGUACCAAACGUAAGUAUUUAAAAUUUAGUAGUUGGUAAACUGAAUGAGAAAUCAUAAGGAAGGCUUAUGUGGUAUGGGUGGGUAUAUUGGUAAAGCUCUUUCCCAGGAAAGAUGGCUAAUUCUCCAUGUUGAUGCAAUAUCACUUGAUUGAAUUGUAUUGCUUUUAUGAGGUUCUAAUAAUAUUUUUUUAUUUUUAAAGAGAACAAGAAUGUCAGCAGGCUUUUGCUUUAUUCAAUGGUCGAUGGUAUGCAGGUCGGCAGCUUCAAUGUGAAUUUUCUCCAGUAACAAGGUGGAAAACAGCUAUUUGCGGUAAGUCAGUGAAAACCUUCAGCUCUAACAGCUAGUAUCUUUCAGCCUAAAUGUCUUUCAUGUUAUUGAAUUAUACAUAAAUUAUAAUUUUAAAGUGAAUGCAACUGAUAGGGUGUUGGCCCUAUCGACACAUUGGAUAAUAUCUUAUUUGAAAGACCCUGUUCUGCAUUAAGUAAUAAAUAAGUUUCCACACCUUUGAGUACAUCAGGAGAAAUCAUGUGUAUUCAAACCCACCAUGCUACACCUUGGCAUCACAGGAUUAAGUAUUUCCUAUAUUCAAAAAUACAAUUGUGAAACAGGGAUUUGUACAUAUAUAUACACCACACAAGAAUAGCACCUAUGAGAGAUGAUGCCAGGGCCCAGCAGUAGCAGCUGUUUAUGAGUCAGUGCAUUUGCUAGAGCUGCUGGCUUCCACGCCCUGAAUAUGGUUCACUGAUACCUCUGGUAGGGAUGCCUGGGCCACACUGAGCUGUCUGAUACAAGUUGAUGGGCCUUCCGCUUGACUGCUGUGUGGUUAGACAGAAGCAGAUAUCGCAGUUGCUAGAAUACACCUAAAAGUGAACAAGAUCAUAUAUGACUGAUUCAAACUUGCCUUUCUGUUGGGCAAGUUGCCUUUACCCAAAGCUCUUGCUUUUUGUCCAUGUGAUAUCAAGAUAAGAGGCAAUAUCUAGCUGUGACUUCCAGCUUAGGCAACAGACUUCUGCUUGCACCAACGGGAUUUGCUCUUCCUCUCCUGCACCACCUUAAAAUUUGCAACGGGGACGGAAUCCAACUGUGUCUUCAAAUGCAACAUUGAUUUCCUAGUUAUUAAAACGAGACAUGAUCCACCCCUUUCACCCAUACAUCUGUGAUAAGAAAUAUCGUGCAGAUAAAAAUAAACAUAGAAGUGUCCACUGAGUCUGUUUAGCUUUCAAAGGUUAUAAUUACGGUUGUCUUCAGACUUUGAUAAUCAGUUUCAAAAUUGGUUUUCAGGUUUGUUUGAAAGGCAAAAGUGUCCAAGAGGGAAGCACUGCAACUUUCUUCAUGUGUUCAGAAAUCCAAACAAUGAGUUCUGGGAGGCCAACAGAGAUAUUUACAAUACCUCGGAAUGGACCAAAGAGGCAAGUAAAUAUUCAGAAAGGAGAAAUAGAGCGGGAUAUCAUGAAAACUAUUAUAGCAGGUCAAGAAGAAGAAGUAGUCAAAGUCCAGAUCACGCUUACAGCAAAAGAAAUGGAGACUCUGAAAGGGAAAAGAGUUAUCACAAACGUAAGAAAAGACAAUUUCCUGAGAGGUCACGAAGUCGUGGAAGGCGACGGUCACGCAGUAAGAAGAGGCGAGGCCGGAGCCGCAAUAGGAGCCCAACACGUAGCAGAAGUUCCUCUCGGUCGAGAAGUCGAGGUAGAAAACGAUCCAGCAGCAGAGGCAGAAAUAGUUGAAUUUGUUGCUGAACUACUUUUCAAGAUACUUGUGGAUAUAAAAAUUUGGUGCUUACCAGAGCUGUUGCAUACUAGAGACUUGCCUGUGCCCUAGAAAUAAAGCUGAUGUGGGCUAUCUUUAUUUUUGGCGAUGAUUAUUUAAGGGUGAGAAUACAUCUCACAUCUUCAAAACUUGUUUACCCAAUUAUUUGUUAAUUCUGUCAUGGAAGUCUGGUGUUCUUUAUAACCCCCCCCCUCAUUCUAAUGUAAACAGUGUACCAUAGUUAAGCAAUUGUGCCAAGGUUCUACCUAUCUUUUUGUUUAGAAAUUUGUAAAUAAAUUCAGUGCGUGAUUUUGUUUCUUAAAAUGCCAAAAUAACUUUUUGGUGGAUAGGAUACAAAAAGCCCUUUUAAAAAUUAUUUAGAACUGUUAGGGCUAAGGUGGGGGCAACACUAACAAGGCAUGGUUUUUACUCUGCAGCGAUCCUCCUUUGUUUGCAUGUGAAAUGUUUUGGUACACCAAUUUAGGGAGUAGUUCAAAACAAGCAACUUGGCUAAUGUGUUUUGGUCUGAGUACAAGUGGAAGGCAACAAAGCACACGAUAAAACACAUGUAUACAUAAUCACAUCUUUCUGGAUCAGCACAAGCUACUCCAAAGUGUAAAAUACAGCUCUUAUUUCAGGGGGUAUUGCUAGGAACAAAUGAGCUGCUGUGUGUGGAGUCAAGAGGCUGUGUUUUAUACUGUAUUUUUUUCUUGCUUGUGAGUAUAGGAAAAGUUUAGUAUUACUGGCCUCUGAAGACGUGUUUGCUGUUCUGAUAUUGGAAUACAGAUCCAAAGCACUAAUGUGCAUCCUCUUAUAUAAGACAAGUUACUGAAUUGGGAAGUGGGUUGCCCAGUUUUAGCCCUGCUUCAGACAUCUAUUCUUAGCCAUAUGGAUUCCUAUAAUAAUUUCUUGUAGUUUGCAGGAUCCACCUGGAACUCUCUUCUAAACUUCAGAUCCCAAGUCAUGUAUCAUUCAGAUUAAAACACUGUGCAAAAGCAUAGCUCUCAGGUGUUUUAGUGCAAGAUGUUUAGCAAACAUCAGCCGCGAGCAGACAAUCUCUUUUUGGAAUGUGGGUUUCUAGAAGUUUAGCCAGGGGUAAAAAAUAUUAGGUUGAGGGGAGUUUAUGUGAAAGUUAUUGAAAGCUGUUUGCCUAGAAGCAUGGUUUUCUGGUGCCUGGAACUUACUGCCAAAGGGGUUUACAUAAGUCCUAUUCAGCUGUCUUAUGUGAUUACAAUUCCGAAAGGGCAGAAAGCAGGAAUGUGCUUCCUGAUUCUGCUCCUUCCAUCUCAUCAUAUUUGGCAGUGGGGAGCUGCUGUAAGGUAAGUUAUUUGUGCAAGUUACAGACAUAAAUGUAUGCAGAGUUCACAUAUAGCAGUUACCCAAACUACAUGAAAGGUGUAUAGACUGAGCCAGGAACUGAAAUCCUGCUCCAUUUCCAUGUGUAACUGUGAGCUGGAUAAUGCUACAAUGCAGGUAACCAAGAACUGCCACAAAUAGUUUACAAUAGAUUUGAAGAGCACUUUAAAUUAAGGUGAUGCUGCCAUCACACUUUUUAAAGGUAUAACAGGCUUCUGGGUCUAUGAGAGGCACAUACUGAGAAUAAUUAUUUCUGUAUAUUACAUCACCAAAGAGGAUUACUGGUAUUUUUUAUUCAUUUAAGGUAGACACACCACACCACGAAAAGUACAAUUUUGGUAUAGUGUAUUAAACUACCCUGAGUUAAUCUCAAAAAACUUCAUUCAAUAGGUAUAGAAUAAACUUGUACCAAAAAAUUCUUACAGCAGUAAGAAAAAUCCAUUUUUACAGUGUGAGAAGAAAGUCUCAUAAAGAGAACUGUCUGCCCACCACCUGAAGAGUGUGGCCAGAAAAGAGCACUGAGGGAUUGUGUCUUUGCCCCAUGGUCCUUGUACUUUGGUGUGCUGCAGGACACAAUUAUGUUGCCAACGCUGUUUAAUAGCUGUGUUAGGAGCAGUUAUUCACAGCUUGGGGCAAAAUCAUAUGUUGAUGAUACCCAGGCUCUAGAUUUCUUCAUAUCAUGAGUCAGGAAAGGCAGAGCCUAGUCUGGAAUGCUGUCCAGAAGCAUUUGUGGAAUGGAUGGGUAAUAAGCCAAGCUUAAACCCAGGGUAGUUCCAGUUCUAGGAGAUGGAUUGGCCAUCUGCCUGUCCAGGAUGGGGUUACUCUCCUUUGGUCAGAACAGGUGCAUAGGUUGGGGGCGUUCCUGCAUCCAUCUUUGCUGCUGAGGUUUAGUGGCUAGGAAUGCCUUUUACCUGCUAUGGUUAGUGUUCCAAUCACAGCCCUUCUUGGACACGGAUAACCUAGCUACGAUGAUUUAUACAUUGAUAACCUCGACUUUUACUAUUGCAAUAUGCUCUUAUGUGCCCAGCCCAGAAGCUCCAACUGGUACAAAAUACUGUGGCUAGACUGUUAAAAGUUAAGCUACUGUCAGCACAUACCUGGCGCUUAAAUGUUUUCACUGGUUGCCCCCAUUACUAGGACAGGGUCAAGGUUCCUAUGUUAAUUUGCAAUAUCCUUAACCCUGAUAUUCUAGCCUGAUCACAGAGAUCUUUGGUGAAGUCUCUUUUGGUGGCUCAGAUGAACAGCUCACAACUACUACAAGCUGCAUUCAACUGAGAUCCUUGCUGAACUCUUUUUUGCUUCAGUCGUUUUACGACUGUGUUGGCUUUAUGAUGUUAAUUGUUCUUGUUUUCCUGACUCAUUUUCUGUGAGCUAUUUUUAUGCACAUCGCCUAGCAGUACAAAUAAUCACUUCUAUUUCUUUACAAGUAAAUACGAACAAGAGACCGUACAGAGCAGAUUGGGUACUGGAGCUGGUUGCUGGAGAAGGAAAAGAAUGGCCAUUAUUCAGUCACAAGACAUUUGAGAGCUAACGCAGUUUAAAGAGCUUCUCCCUCAUCCAAUCACACUAUUUGCAACCCUCUUCCCCCCAAAAGACAGGAUCUGCUAAGAGUACAAUCAGCUACAGUAAUUGUCGGGGUGGGGUGGGGAUAGCUUAUAUAUGUUCCCCAACCUCAAGAGCUAUAUGCAAGUUUAUUUUGGAGAAUAAACAAAUAAUAAUCACAAAUAAGGUAAACAUUUUCUGCUGUAAUCAGAGCUGUAGGUGUGGUACAACACAACUGCAUUCAGCAUCCUUGGAGUGCCAGAGGGAGUGCUAGCUUGGUGUGGCUGUAGUCUUAGGGCUACACAAUUAUGCUUUAAUGGAUGGAUUAUACUUGCUGAAGACUGCAAAUCAGAGGAACUAGACAUUUAUUGCGGUUAGGGAUAUGGCUUCAACAAGCUGCUCAGCUCUUACCUCCCUCUCCAUGAACAAUUUGCAUAAAGUAGUAAAAGUGAAUUACACAGUGGAAUAAUUUAUUCUCGUCUCACAAUCUAGACUUUGUUUUUACAAAACGCCCACAUCUUUGACUUCGGAGGUAAAUAUAUACCACUGUGAAACAUUUAAAAGUCAAUUUCGAGCCCUGCAGUUCUUUAAAAACAAAACAAAACUCUAUAAACUUCUAAAAAGAGUUAUUUUGGCAGGCUACUUACCCAUCAGUGUAUGAAACUCCCAUUGUUCUCGGCACAUUAGUGGCAGGGAAAUUCAUUAGCGUGAGCAGUUUCUGAGCUCUGGGUGCCUAAGAUUUCAGAUUAAAACUGCAGAGUGGAAGGAAAGGAGGACCUUUUUCUGCCUCCACACUUCCAGCCACUCUCUGAAGACUGGAGAAUAGAAUAUUAGGGGGGGUGGGCAGGGGAAGGACUAGACUAUGUGGGAAAUGAACAUAGUAUCUUAGCUGCAGUUCAUUUGGUUUUCAGUUUUGUAUUCUUGUUAUAAAACGUGCCUAGACAUUCCGUUGUUGCAACCAUAACCUAGCUAUAAGGUGCCAUUUAGCUCCUAUCUUUCAUAUCUCAGUUCCUAACACUGCUACCCAUGAACUUUCAGUUGAUAAUGUUCAUUUCCAAAGGCCAGAAAACAACCAGGAAUAAUAAUCUGUCAAUAAAUUUGUUUUGAAUGGAAAGGUUAUCAUCUAGACACUGAUUUUCUUCAGCAAUUGAGAUAAACCUAAAUGUAACCGAGGAGAUAAAUUGUUGGUGCUUUUAAACAAGACUCUAAAAUUUAUGUCUCCUGUGAAUUACAACAGAGCUGGGGUAGCCAACGCAGUGCCUUUCGGAUGUUGCUGGACUACAACUCCCAUCAUCCCUGCCCACUGGCCAUGUUGGCUGAGGCUAAUGGGAGUCCUUACAGUAUCUGGAAGGCACCACAAUGGCUACCCCUGCAAUAGAGUACCACAAUACUAAUUCUGAAAUGAUGGGAAAACGGAAAAACACCUUAUAUAGAAUAUUGUUAUAGGCCUGCAAGAAUACAUGGUGACCUGAGGAAUGAUGAUACGACCUGAGGAAUGAUACCUUUGUUUAAACACUGAAAUGACUUUUGUUAAAGGUAAAUAAGUAGGUAUUUGGUGCUUCUGUGAGGGGUGGGAUUGUAAAAAUGAAAAACAAAAAACCCCUGCUGUAUAUGAACUAUUGUUUAUAACUGAUUUGUAAGUAAGUAAAGAGAAAAAAGAAAAACGCCUUAUAAACUAAGAUGUGCUACAGAAUAAAGUUUUGUUUCUAU